AUUGUGAUGAGGUUUGAAGCAACUGUUGAGAAACACCGAACUAUAGUAGAUCCAUUUUAUCACUGCUACGUAAAUUGACUAUACUUUGGUCAAAGAUGAAAAAUCUUUCUGUAACACUUUUGUUCACAAUACUCACAUAUCAUAACAGUGCCAGUCAAUUCAGAUUGUUUUAUAUAAUCAGUUGCUUAAUUCUAAUCUUAUAUCUCAUCCUCUCUUAUCAGGAUCACAUAUCUACAAUGAUGGAAUCAAAUAUAAUCAUCAAGUGGUAAUCUGUAACGAUUUCACGUUAUCUGGAAUGGUUGAUCCAGUACGCAUUCGAUUAAUAUUGAAAGUAGAAUUCAAUUGAAAAUAUUCGUUUCAGAAUGUAGGUGUUUCUAACCAAUAUCCUUCAAGUCUUUCUAUCAAUGUUCAUGACUGCAUUAGCGUUCGCAAAGUUUGUAACUUGCCAGUGUUCCAAUUAUUUAAUAAUCAUAUUUCAGUUUUAAAUUCUUUGUCAUGCUUGAUCAAAAUUUUUAUUUAUCUCUUAUUUUAAGUUUCAUUUCUAUUGGUGCAACCAUUGCAAUUUUCUUUAUUCAGAGAUUUCCACAUUUGAAAUACCUCACGGAUUUCCUUUACGUACUACUCACAUUCAGCUUCGCUGGUGUGAUAACCUGUCUUUCAAUCAACGUGGAAGGAAUGUUCAUAUUUAUCAGUUGGAUUUUGGCCAUCAUUCUCUCAGUGUUAUUGUUUAUAUUUGGAAUAAACAUUAAACGUGAUUUGGUGACGUGGGCAAUUGGUCCCCUUGUUCUAGCCAUCGUAAUUCCGGCUAGUUUAAUUGAAGCUCAAAUAUUUUGUGGAGGAAGAGCAAUCUACUACAGAUCUGAAGAUUUCAUAUUUGCAUCAAUGGUUCAUUUGUUCUUACUCACUUUCUCAUAUUCUGGAUUUAUUUUACUGUUUCUCAACAUUAAAUUAUCUUAG